AAUAAAUAAAAUAUUGUAUAAUUCCACAGAUUUACAGACAAAAAGAAAGAAGAAAGGAAUUCCUCCUCGAUCAAACAAGAAAAAAAAAAAAAAAGAACAAGCAGAAGUCUAGCACGAGUAGAAGAACUAGAAGAAGAGACUGUUAAAUUAAAAUAAAUAAAUAAUCAAAUUUGUUUCAUGUUUGAUUGUUUGCGUGUCCCUCCCCUCUCCUCUCAAACUCCGAAACACAAGCCAAGCAAAGGAGACUCCUCUCUCUCUUUACUCGCCGAAAUCAAUCUCGAAACGAAUCGAUUCAGCCACAUAAACUGUGUUUCUCUUUGGAUUCUUGACGACACUCUGGUUGUGUCUAUGAGACCUUUCUAUUGCUCCAUGCUGCUCGAUGACUAGGUAAUGAAGGGUUUUCGUGAAAGGGGGUUUGUUGCUUCUUCCAAAUCUUCAUCUACAGCUGAAUCCCCACAUAGAUCUUUCACUUCUGAUUCUUCAGAACUGGGGUCCGCCGACACCAAGUUUUCCAAGCCUUCUUUAUGGUCAACCUUCUUUGCAUCAGCUUUCUCUGUCUUUGAUACACAUUGCGAUUCAUCUUCAACUAGUGAAAAAAAAGCACCUCAUAUUAGACAUGGUAAUGGUUGGACGUCAGCUGUGAAGAAAAUUGUGGCAGGUGGCUCAAUGAGGAGGAUCCAAGAGUGUGUAUUAGGGACAAGCAAGACAGGGAUUUCUAACACAACUGGUGACAUUUGGCUCCUAGGAGCAUGCUACAAGAUUUCACAAGAUAAUUCUUCUGGGGAUGCUGCUGCUACCAAUGCUUUAGCUGCCUUUAAUCAUGAUUUUUCUUCACGAAUUCUUAUCACAUAUAGAAAAGGGUUUGAUGCUAUUGAAGAUUCAAAACUUACCAGUGAUGUAAGCUGGGGUUGUAUGCUUCGGAGUAGUCAGAUGCUUGUUGCUCAGGCAUUGCUUUUUCAUCGAUUAGGGAGAUCUUGGAGAAAACCAUUGGACAAGCCAUUGGAUCGAGAAUAUGUUGAGAUUUUACAUCUUUUUGGUGAUUCGGAGUCAUCGGCUUUCUCUAUUCAUAAUCUUCUUCGGGCUGGAAAGGCUUAUGGCCUUGCAGCUGGGUCAUGGGUAGGCCCUUAUGCAGUGUGCCACUCUUGGGAAUCUCUAGUCCGCUCUAGAAGAGAGGAAACCAAUCUUGAAUACCAGUCACUUUCAAUGGCUGUUUAUGUUGUUUCUGGUUCUGAAGAUGGGGAGCGAGGGGGGGCUCCAGUUCUCUGCAUUGAAGAAGCCGCUAGACAUUGUUCAGAGUUUUCUAAAGGUCAAGAAGAUUGGACGCCAAUUCUUCUAUUGGUUCCUUUGGUUCUUGGGCUUGAUAAAAUAAAUCCAAGGUAUAUUCCGUCCCUGCAAGCAACAUUCACCUUUCCCCAAAGCCUUGGAAUUUUGGGUGGGAAACCUGGUGCUUCAACAUAUAUUGUUGGUGUGCAAGAUGAGAAUGCUUUUUAUCUUGAUCCACAUGAAGUUCAGCCGGUGGUCAAUGUUAGCAGAGAUGAUGUAGAGGCCAAUACUUCAUCUUACCACUGCAACAGUGUUGUGCGGCACAUGCCUCUGGACUUGAUUGAUCCAUCCUUGGCAAUUGGAUUUUAUUGUCGAGACAAAGAUGAUUUUGAUGAUUUCUGUACGCUGGCAUCCAAGCUGACAGACGAAUCAAAUGGUGCACCUUUGUUUACAGUGGCUCAUUCCCGUAAAUUAUUAAAGCAUGAUAGUGGCGAGGUUCGGUCGGAUGAUUCCCUUGGUGUGAUGACUAUGAAUGAUGUAGAGGGCUGUGUACACGAGGAUGACUGGCAACUCCUUUAAAUGGAAAAAUCAUUUGGGGGAUUUAAGCUAGUAAGUACAUGGUGUGGAUUGCAUGGGGAUCGAAUGCCCUUUUUCCUCAGCACCUCAUAUAGGUGUUUAGUCCACGCGUGCUUCAAUUCAUGACUCCUUUUCCGCUGUUGGAUUCAACAUUUGUAGAAAGUAGAGGAGAUAUUUAUGAUUCUUUUCACGGUGUCAAAAACCGCAAAUGUUGUAAGAUAAAUGAUUAAAUCUCAUUUGGGUGAUGAAAUAUUUCCUUUUGUUUC